GUCCAAGCCUCGAGACUGGGAGAUAGCAGUGAAACCUCAGUCUGGCACCUUGGAGAGCAACCGGAACAGGCGGUGCUGACCACAAGGACAUGCCUGAUUUACCCUCAGAGAUCUCUGUUGUUUCCCAAAGGGGAAAGGGAAUGAUCCCUGUCAUCCCUCUAGCCUGCUUUCAGGAGGCAGUGACCUUCAAGGAUGUGGCUGUGGAAUUCACCCGGGAGGAAUGGAGACACCUGGACCCUGUUCAGAGGACCUUGUUCAGGGAUGUGAUGCUGGAGAACUACAGGAACCUUGUCUCCCUGGGGCUUGCUGAUAACAAACCAGGUCUUAUCUUCCAUUUGGAGAGAGGAGAAGCACCACGGAUUGCAGGGAGAGCCAUUCCAGGAGGCACCUUUCCAGGUGUCCAGGCUCAGCUUUCCUACCUUCACUGAGGUGGAACCCCCCACGUCCAAGGCAGCCCAUUCAUUCUCCUUCUAGACAGCGUGCAUUGUGGGAUGUUGUUCAGCAGCUCUUUGUACCUUCAGCGUGGAGGGAGCUCUGCCCUGUGGGGCCAAGCUGUAUGGCUUCAGUCCCUCUCCUACAUGUUGUUGU